AUGAGGGUGCUACAUUGGUGCAUGAUGGGAGUGACCAUCCUGCUGUUGGUGUGCGAGGUCACCGUCAGUCAGCUGUGCAAGUCCCUCAUCACCCUGGUAGAUGGUUUCCACACGCUCUUCAUCUUCAUGGGCAUGGCUCUUCCUCCUCCUCAAACUGCAGGCAUGAUAAAACCUCCACCCUCCUCUUUGGACUACCUUGCAUCUCCACCACAUGCUUCCCCCUCAGCAGCAGCACCUCCUCCCACCCUGCCUGCAGGGUCAUCCAUCAAACCUUCACCUGGCACCACUGAUGGGUCAUCCACCCUAAAUGAACCUCCCGCUGCUCCGCAUAACCGUGAAGCAGCCUCACCCUUUAACUCUCAUCAGCUCUGCUUCCCAGAAGUCUCUCCUCCAGCUCUAGACUGCGGCGUCUCCUACGCCAACAGCAGGGUUCAAGCUGUGGGUGCUUUCAUUUCCAGUCUCCUCCUGGCCUCUCUGUGUACCUCUUACUUAAUUGAAAUCAUCAGCUUUUCCCUGGAGCCACACCCAGUACAGCGCCCCCUGCUGCUUGUGGUGGUCGGAGCUCUCAGUCUGUUCCAUAAGAUGCAGGUGCUUUGGCUGAACUGGGAUCAGCUACUGGAAGACAGGGCCAGAGCCAGAGCACAGCCAGAGACUGAAUCUUACCUUGAAGUGAACCACGAAGUCUUGGCUGAAGAGAAAGAAACCAUAGGCCUGGCUGAGCCGGGGCGAGUCCUGGAUGGCGUUGGCCGAGUCCAAGCUGCUGUGAACGACUCGCUUCACAACGGGGCACUUGUCCUCUGUAACCCAGGAACCUCCAGCAUCCCUGACACUCUCUCUCAAACCCCACAGCAACGGCCAGAAGUCCACCUGCGUGCAGCAGGUAGUUUAUGUGAAAAAGGAAAUUAUUAGCCACAAACUUUGGUGUCCAUAUAUGACAUAAAUAUAGUCACAAAAAAUCUCUUACUGUUUUCUCCUAUUUCAGACAGUCAAAAUGCAUCUAAAACCUUCCCAGUCUGCAAGUCAUCAUGUCACACUGAGAGUCCUGUACCAAGCAGCCAGUGGCCAGUCUGGCUCUUGUCGUUCUUCCUUGUCAUUCAGGGCCUUCUUUCCUCCCUUCUGGCUCUGGUCAACAGCUUGGUGAUGCUGCUCGUUGACCCGCAGUGCCUGCACAGCUCUGGAGCAUGUAGCCUCCUGGUUUACCUGGAUCCUGGUCUCUCGCUGCUGGCUGUGAUCAUGCUGAUUGCCGCAUCUAUGCCACAGGUGCACAGGUAUGGACUGCUGCUACUACAGGCCACACCUCCACACAUUUGUGUGUCUGAUCUGGGACGAAGGAUUGCGAGUGUCCCUGGAGUGCAGGCUGUGCAUGACCUCCACAUCUGGCAGCUAACUGAAUCAUUCACGGUGGCCUCUGUCCAUGUACACUGCCAUGCUGGCUUUCCAGCUCACAGGUGUGCUGAUCUGAUGUCAGGGGUCACUAAGGUGCUGCAGAGUGUAGGAGUGAGCUGCUGCACCGUUCAGCCAGAGUUUGCUUCAUGCUCUGGGUGCUCUGCAGGCAGUGGGAGUGACGCCUCCCCUGUUGUUCACAGAGAAGACCCCUCCCUGCCUCCUCUCCUGGCCUGCAGCCUCGCCUGUGGGAAGGCCUGUACUGGGAACAUGAGCUGCUCUCCCACAGAAGUGAAAACCAGGAGCCUGCUGGCACCACCAACUGGGGAAACAAAGGAAGAGCCUCAGACACUUGUCAUAGAGAACACUUUCCUCUGA